AUGCUAACGGUCAAAUUGUAUGGCCAGCCAAUAUUGGGAAGUCCUAUCAUGGUUUACGCCACGCCUCCUGUUAGGAGAAGCAAUUCUAAAUACGGGAAAUCGCUUAUCUCACAAAAUUCGUUCAUUCAAUCCUCCUAUUACCCUACGUUUGAGUCCAACACUGCUAUCAACAAGUAUGACUGCGACAGGAGAUACAGGAGUCAUAGCAAGACGAAUUUGCAAUCCAUCUCGGAUUUCCGAAUCUCCAAAUACAUGACGGAUGAUGCCGCGAUUAUGGACGAAUUUAAUGGUGGGCGAGAUAAUAAAAGUAUAAGCUCCUUGAGCAGUUUCUCCAACACCAACCAGCACAACGUUUUCCAAAAUGGGUAUCAUAAUGGAAAUAAUGGAAAUCACAAUGGAAAUCACAAUGGAAACCAAAAUGCGAAUCUUCUCGGGAAUCAAUAUCAACAUCAAAACAGCUCCUAUCCUUACAAUAAUCAAUCCUCUUCAUCUCAUUUUGCCAAUGAAACUGGUAAUAACGGAGGAUUUAAUUCACUAAUCAAUAGCGAAUGGCCUGCUAAUUUUAGGUGCGCGUUUGAUAAAGGCAGCUAUAAACAACCGCAAAAACAAGUCAUAAGGUAUUCAAAAGAAUUUUUGUUAUCUUGCGCUAAAUCGCCGCUUGCCCGAACCAUUACUGCCGAUUUAAAACGGAACAGAUACAUUCUCAAGGAUGCUUACAAGACCCUUCCCGAUCCCUUUUAUAUGCCAGCUAAUCAACUGCCACCUAGUACAAUCAAGGAUGAGCAUCUGAUCAGUAAUAGGAGAAUGGACUGCGGGGAUUCAAAAGAAGAUAUCAUAGGCGGCAUAAAGAACAAAAUUCUUAUAGCCGAUAAUGAAAAAGUGCCCAUAAGCUUGUUAGGAGGGGGUAAUGGUAAAGCGUUUAAGAUCAAAAACGAAAACAUGUUUGGAUCCGAAACCGACAAAGCCCCACUUAGGAAUACUAAGAUGAAGCGAUCUGCUUCUGAAAUAACCCUUAACAGCCAAAAGAAUAAUACUAAGACUCCAGAUGAAGAGAACGUCAUAUCCGGUGAUAGACUUAAAGCCAUGAUAGCUUGUCAGAAUGCCCCAUCUGACUUACCUGAAAUGAUUAAAUUGCCUAAUGAUGGAUUUCAGGGGUUCUAA